UGUCGGCUCCGGUCACGCAAGCUAUUUUGACUGAUUUUUCGCACUCUUUGAAGCGUUUUGUUUAGCAUUGUCUUGUUCUUUUUAGCAAUACAUUUUUCCGUAUCUAGUGCUACUCUUUGUAUUUUAGCUUUGAUCGCACCCCCAACGUGCCUCGAGUUUUGGUAGCCGGCGAUUCGAUGGUGAAGUACUUGCCAUUGAAUAGUCGGUUGGCUGUUGAGGUUGCGCCGUUUAGUGGUAUUAGAAUCGAGCACUUGUUUUCCCAGGUGUCUGAGAAGCUACCCGAUUUUGAUGUUGUCAUCCUACACGUUGGCACUAAUAAUUCCCAUAUUAGUGCCAGCGUGUACAUCGACAAAUAUCGUCGUCUAGCUGCCCAGAUCUGUGAACGCAAUCCAGUGAUGCAGAUCGCCUUUUCUGCCGUUCUUCCGAGACGGGAGAAUAGGUUCUGCUCAUUGGAAUGGCAGCGUAGUCACGCUGCAGAGAUCGAGGCUUCGAAUGACCGUUACCGAGAGGUGAACUCGCUGCUGCGAGAGUUGUGUCGCAGGGAAGGGUUCACGUUCCUUGACGGGCUAGCUGACGAGUGGCACCAGUGGAUCCACCGCGACGGCGUCCACCCAAACCGGAUCGGCAACAAGGUCCUCGCUGGGUUCAUGGGCCAGCAAGUACGGAGCAUCCAGGAGAAGGUGGCCAGGGCCAAGGUCCAGCAGGACCACAAGGAGGCAAUGCCAGGGACCCGCUCGUGGGACGGGUGGACCAUCAAGGGUGCCCUAUUGACUGCGCCAUGUUGUCUCUUCAGAAUUCUCCGACGUUUCCAGCAAAGUUUUGUUAAUCUGACGACAUAGUCUUUCUAAGAGGGUGGGGAAUUAUAGCAAAAAGUUUGUGGGCCUCACAUCUGGUAACAAGAAGGCUCCAAAAACAAGGCCCCUUGAAAACUGAGCAAGUUGCUACUUGUGUAAAUUGGCUCUGAAGAAACCACCAACUAGGCGCUGCACAGUCCGAUGAUUCUUUCCGAGUCUGAAGUGCUUCGAGGGAAUCGGAAUUUUGUGUUAUAAUGUGAAUAAACUGUUCUGCAUUACAAAUCGAGUUUGAUGUUGUUUACUUACAUUUGGGGGGGUGCCAAUUUGUCUUAUACCUUAGUAGUUACAUCAACACACUGCAUUUGAUAUCAAUCCUGCCCCAACAAUAGCUAGCGCACAUGGGCCCCUUUUUUCCUUUCUGAUCACUCCACAAAUAAUGCCCGGUGCUUCUCUGCGUGCACCAGAGCAACGUAAGAAAGCUAACUGCGAGAGCACUGGCUUUUCUCUGCAGCGUGGAGAAGGUUACCAAAAAAGAGCUGGUGCUUUUCACAUGCACCGGUGCGAUGUGGGAAAACUUACAGCGAGAGCACGAGUGCUUCUCCGCGUGUACUGGUGCAACAAGG